AUGGAAGCGAGAAGUGCGAUGCACAUACUCAAUGCUCCAAGCACCAAAAGUCUGAAGUAUGCGAUCCGAUCUGGUCUCAUCAAGGACUGUCCUAUCACUGAAGAAGCGAUCAAUCAUGCCAAAACAAUCUUUGGACCUGACGCCUCUACAUUGAAAGGCAAGUCAACAAGACCAACUCCAAAGAAGACGUACGACGACUUCUUCAGUCCACCAGAGGAAUUGUAUCAACAUAAUCGAUCUAUUACCGUCUGUAUUGAUCACAUGGAGAUCGGAGAUGCUAAGUUUCUCACCUGCAUUGAUACCACUGUGCGCUAUCGCUCAUGUAUUCCCAUGCAGAACCUCAAGACUGACCCUGUAUUUGAAGCAUUGGAUAAGAUAUUUUGCCGCUACAAUAAGGCAGGCUUUCAUGUCAAGACGAUCAAGUGUGAUCGGGCAUUCAUCCCUCUGACGGAUGAUAUGCUAGAUGAUAUGGGUGUUGCUAUUGACCCGGCUGCAGCUGGAGACCACGAGCCUACAGCUGAGCGCGACAAUAGGAUGCUGAAAGAAAGAGUCAGAGUAGCUCUUGCACGAUUACCCUACAAAGUGGUCCCAAAGGUGAUCACUGAAUGUCUUGGACGUCAAGCCGCCAAGCUAUCAAAUGUCUUUCCCCAGAAAGUCAGUAUUUCCUCACAUUUCAGUCUGCAGCAACUCAUUGAUAAUGUCAAUAUGAACUACAAGAGUGACAUGGUUGCUGAGCUUGGACAGUAUUGUUGA